AUGGUUGAAUAUACUCUACUCAGGGAAGAGUAUCAAUUUUGGAAGGAGAGGAGAGCCCAAUACCUCAAUCAGAGGAAAGGCCUCGCGUUUAUCUCCACAUUCAUAUACAAUUCGCUCCCGAAACAGUAUCAAUAUAUUGUUCGACAAGGGAAGGAUCUUCGAAAGGUUAUCCAAGAUUUGGACCAGCGGUUCAAUCCUACCAAGGACCCCUCGUAUAUCACGAGAUUGCGCACCGAUUGGAUCAAACAUCUCGACUCAAUUAAUCGCAACACAUCGAUCGAAGCGUGGUGUAAUAAGACGUUGGAGCUUCAAACCGAACUCGAUUAUGCGAAGGAGGAAACGUAUUCGAAGGAGUUAUAUCGGAAGCUUCUCGAAAAUAUCCUUCCAAUCAACGAGCUCCAAUGGUUCCAUGCAACCAUGUACGAACAGCUAUUGAUUGAGAGGAGAGAUAUCCCUACACAAGAGGUUCUUCGAAAGCUGGAACGUGAAUGGUCGCUCCGAAUCAAAUCAAAAAAGGAGGUCCCGAAAGGCGCAUUUUCGACGUUUCAGGGAACUCAAGAGGAGAAACCCGUCACUCAAGAGGAAAACUCCGCUUCGUACGCCAAUCAAAGGUGUCCCUGCCUAGCAAACAACUCCAAGUGGGGCCAUAAACCCUGGAAAUGCUAUAUUCUGAACCCAGAUAUAGUACCGGAGGGAUGGAAGCCACCUAAACAGGCAUCGAAACGGGCCCGAGAUGCGAUGAAUUCGAAACCGUCGAGUUAUCGUGAUUGGUUGAGUGAACAGAUCAAACAAUACAACUCGAAACACAACUCAAAUUUGAACCAAUCACAGCCCUCACAGGAGGCAAACAGCUCAAACUCAACAGUUCGCACCGAUUCCUUCUCCUUACAGGGUGCAUUUGCAACCAAAUCGAGUGGUCAAACGUUCAAUUUGAACGUAGCGAGCGUAGAUAAUGGCGUCAAUACGUCAAACUGGUGGAUUUUAGACUGUGGCAGUGACUGUCACGUCACCAACGACGCAUCCCGAUUCAUUGAUUUUACACCAAUUCGAGGGAAAUUAGGCACCGGUGACCACUAUACUGAAUACGAAGGGAUUGGAACAGCCAAGAUCUAUCCCAUCGAUCCAGAUAAUGGUUUACCGCACGACAUAACUUUGAAGGAAGUUAUAUAUGCACCAAAUUUCCAUUUGAAUUUGAUUUCCGAGAGUCGACUGCGUAAAGGCGGAGUGUGUCACGAUGGCAUGAACAACGCUGUUUCCAACCAGUUAACAGGGAAAAUCCUAUAG